AUGUUCUAUUCUAGGAGCGUGGAUGUGGACGUUUGCAAAGAGAAGGAUCGCUUCAAUUCGUCCGCCUCUAGCACCUACAAAACAAACGGCACAAAAUGGCUUAUACAGUACGGCAAGGGAUCGUCGGCUGGCUUCUUCGGUGAAGACGUUGUUUGCGUGAGUGUUUUCCUUCUCGAUCGUUUUGAUCAUUUUGAUGUUCGAUCAGUUCACAAAUCAUUUUGA